GAGGGGCAAAAGAGAUUAGCGUGUUUGGGUCUACAAAGUAGCAUAGAUCGUGGAAAGCUGAGAGAGAGAGAGAGAGAGAGGGGGGGGUUCUAGUGGUAGAGGUUAUGCAUUGAAAUCACGUGUGGGAGUGCAAGUGUGGACAAGGAAAAUGUGAAAGUGUAGCGGAAGUGUACUUUCUCCUCUUUGGCUUCCCCUAUGCACCCCCGCCCAACAUUCCGUGGAGUGGUUUAAUGCUCCUUCUCACCCUUGGAGGAAAACAAGGAGGAAGACGGAAAAGUAGUUCAAAGGCGUGGAUACCACUCGUCCUCGCCUUUUGGACCUUUGUCCUCUCCCCCUUCCUGGCCCUGCAUGGACGGGGAUGGGGAGAGACGGAUGCUGUUGCAGCGGGGCUGAGCGCCUCGCCUCCCUGUCUCUGGCGCGCCGCUUCCGGCCACUGCUGCUGCUGAUCAUCGCUCUGACCUCCGCCGGUCGCAUAGGUCAGUGUCAGGUGAUCACUCCUCAGUGUCGCAUUCAAAAGUGCACCACUGACUUUGUCUCCCUGACCUCACACCUCACACCAACCGUGGAUGGCUUUCACGUUGAAUUUUGCAAAGCUUUGCGUUCGUACUCGGCCUGCACGCAGAGGACAGCCAAGUCCUGCAGGGGCAAUCUGGUCUUCCACUCGGCCGUGCUGGGCAUCUCAGACCUCAUGAGCCAGAGGAACUGCUCUCGAGACGGCCCUACAUCCUCAACGCAUCCCGAGGUCCACCAUGAGCCAUGCAACUACUACAGUCGCACACAGCACGCACAUACACACGCCCAUGCCCACUCACACAGCCACAAUCACCCACGGCCGGGAUUCCUGUUCUGCGGCCUGUUUGGGGACCCCCACUUAAGGACGUUCAAGGACAGCUUCCAGACCUGCAAGGUGGAGGGGGCGUGGCCUCUCAUUGAUAAUGCCUAUCUGUCGGUUCAGGUCACCAAUGUUCCAGUGGUCACGGGCUCUAGUGCCACUGCAACCAACAAGAUCACAGUUAUCUUCAAGCCGUUUGAGGGUUGCACAGAGCAGAGGGUGUACCAGGCCGUAACAGACAACAUCCCCGCCGCUUUCGAUGACGGCACAGUGAGCAGCGGCGACCCCAUCCAUAUCUCCGCGGGGGCAGACGGCGCCACCGGGAAAGUGAGGGCCCUUUGGAUCUCAGAGCGCAGCCCGGGCCAUCACGUGGAGCUCCACGCGGGCUACAUCGGGGUCACGGUGAUCGUCCGACAACUGGGUCGCUAUCUGACCCUGGCGGUACGGAUCCCAGAGGAGAUGGCUCAGGCCUACGAUGCCACACAGGACUUGCAGCUGUGUCUGAACGGCUGCCCCAGAGGUGAGCGCAUUGACCAGGGCGGCCACCUUCCCCUGUCUCCACCUUCAGUUGGCCUCCAGCUCCUGCAUGGGCCCAGAUACUCCUCCCAGGUACAGUUAUCCUCCCACGGUGGGAGACACGUCUUCACGGUGGAGAGCGCUAAGGAUCGUUGUCGGGAGCAGCUGGAGGUGCAGGAUAUUUACUUUCACUCCUGCGUGUUUGACCUCCUCACCACAGGGGACGCUAACUUUACAGUGGCAGCAUACAGUGCCCAGAAGGACAUGGAAAGUCUUCACCCCCACAGGGACAGGUGGAGGAUCUAUCCCAGAGGUUCUGCCACCUCUACCUUGCACCCCCGUUGUCAACUUUUGGUCCUGCUGUGUGCUCUCAGCUUUGUGUAAGAGUCUUUUUGCCUGCAAAUAGUAUACAGGAUCUGCACUAGAGAGAGUUUUUGGUUGAGCACUGAUGUUGAAUACUGGUUCCUCUUUCAACAGGAAGUCAGACAGUUACUAGGAUUCCAAUAACAACACUUUCUUCAUCUUUGGAUCAGAUGCCAAUGACAAUGACUUACGGUGAAUGUUGCUGUGUAAAUAAAAUGGCGAUAAAUGGGUUUACUACCAGAUAUGUAAAUACCUUUGUGUCUUCCUAGCAUUAGAGUUUGUUCUAUUGUGUCAUUUGGUGUGAUUUUUCAUUAAUACCUCAGACAGAGGAGGUUUGUAUUGAUAGAAGCACUUUAUUUUAAUUUUUUGUUUCAUUUGAAUCCACAUCAGUGUUUCUUCAAGCUUUUCUGUGACUUAAAUUCUCAGUGUUUUUUUGUGAAAAUGCAUCAAUCUCCUUGUAGCUUCUGACUCAGUUCACGUGAGUUGUUAUCGUUUGAAUGUACUAAUGACAUUUGUAUGGACACGUUUUCUUCUUCAGUCCUGAUUUCAACGUGCGUGCACGUGUCAGUGUUGCUGACUGGCCUAGAUGUGUUUGUAGUUCUUCUGAGAGUCAAUAGAGUUACCACCUCUUUGCCAAUAGGCUGCAAGUGUAUGGGCACUGUAGUCUAAGGUAAUUUUGAGCCAAAGACAGACAAGGGGGGCUUCAUAAGAGGGCCAUUUUAUGUGAAAAAAGGACAAAAGUAUCAUCAAACCAGCACCUUCCCCCCUCUCCUGUUCUGUUUUUCAAUGUGCUACUGUAAACGAACAAAGCUGUAUCUUGCCGGGAUCAUGUGUAAAGUACAGAACACUCAAUGAAUCUUUGCAAAUUACUGAAAGCAUUUAACCACAGUGUCCACUGUGCAAAAUGUUUGCUUUUUAUACCUGAUGAAAAUGUGUCAACUUUGGACGAUGAGCCAUUAUGUCAUAUAACUUUCUCUGUAAUUAUUCCGCUUUAUCCGAUUUUGUUCAUGUGAUUGCUCAUAACAUGUGUGAAUGUUUUGUGCAGAGCGGCUGUUCGUUGAUGACAUACUUAACUUAUUUAUGAACUGUAGAUUCCUGUAUAGAAGCUCCAUACUCUUGCUGUGUGAAGAAUUAUUUAAAAGUUGUAAGUUGUGAUUGUACUGCCACCCAGUGGUGCUGUGUUGCUUUUUCAGUGUGUUGUUCAAGGCACUUAAAAACGUGGAGGGAAAAAAAAAGUGUGCAAGGGUUUUAUUUCAAGAAACAAUAAAGUCAAAUAGCAUACUUUGUGACAGAUGUUUGCCUUUCACAGUAAUUGUUAAAGCAACAAAGUGAAAUAGAAAAGAAACAAUGGGAUCACGCUAUUGUAAUAGAAUGUCAACUAGCCCAUCUGUCUGAGGUCAUGUACGCUUCUGAUAAGAUGUGAGGUUUUGGCUUCAACACCACUUCAACUGUCAAAGUUCACAGCACCCGGGAUGCAUGCAGACGAUUAGCUUUUGUAUGCCUCUCCUUUGACAGUGGCUGUGGAUAAGUCCCGGACAAUAUUACAGUUCAACACAAAAAAAAAACAACCAUACACACUCACAUUCAUACCUAUGAACAAUUUACAUUCAAUAAUCAAUAACCAUUCAAUAAUACAGUCAGAAAUAGACACCCCUCAACAAUCUAAUGUACUCCAGCUUUUAAAAUCUUAGUUAAUGUUUAUUUUUAAGGGUAUUGCCUCCUUGAAAAUACCUUCUUUGUGAGUGUCAUAUAUUGUCUUACCACUUUAUAAUGACAUACACUGUCAGCAGGGAGUUAAAAAUAAGAAGCUUUAUGAGGAGCAGCCUCAAGAUGAAGACCAUCACAGUGUUUGUCCAUACGGCAGCAUCUACAAGGCACCAGAGACAAUACACAAAAGAAGAAGAACAAUAACAAUAGAUAAAAAAAUUGAUUUUAAGUAGGAAUGUCUGAUAUUGUUUUUUUUUAUAUUGCCGAUAUCUCAAUUUCCCAUACCGAUAUCAGCCGAUACCAAUACCGAUAUGUGUAACAUGACAUGUCUCCUCUGGUGGAAUGAACACAUGUGUUGUAUACAGCAUUUUUUAAAUAUAGGUUUUCAUGAUUGAAAAAAAAAUCCAUAGCGGCAUUUUUAUGAUGAUAUAGUGCCGAUAAUCGGUACCGGUAAUUAUGGGACAUCCUUAAUUUUAAGAGAUUUUAAAAUUGAUCAAUUAUGCUAAAAAUGUAAUUUUAACAUUGUACCAGCACUAUCAUCUUGAUUGCAGAUGUCUCUGCCAUCUGGAGUGAGCAACACAAACAAUGUAUAGAUUAUUUAGGUGACUGUUAAUGAGGAUCACUAUAGUUUUAGCUUACCUGAGAAAGUUUGGUGUUGCUUCCUGCUCAUUCUGGGAUGUCUGCUCACAGAACAGCUAUAUGAUGGCCAUUUUUCGGUGGCCACUGUGAUGAUGGCCACGGCACUGUGGUCAAGAUGAUUGCUGUUAGCAGCAAAGCGGACCGGCCCGUUAAACGUGUGGCCUUCUGAGGGGGACUUCCAACUGAUCUCCAACCGUCCUCUCCUGAAGUCCCUCACCAUGCAGAAUAGCAGGGUCCAGCCCAGCUUCUUCCCUGACAGAUGAACGGGGGGUGCUACAGAUGCCAGCACGUCACAAUGCACAUCUCCUUUUUCCAAAAGAAGUGG